GCGAGCACUCCCCCAGUGCUCACCUAAUAGAUAACCCAGAAGUCAGGAGUCCUGUUCCUUCACUGGCAAUGGUCGAAGGGGAAGAAGAUUACAUGGGAGACCUUUCCCAGUUUCUACCUUCGGAAGCUUCUCCAUCUUUCGAAAAGGUUUCUAGCAAUAAACUCUCCGUAGUCUCAAAAUCUGUAAACAAGCGCAAACCCCUAACCUGGCAAGAACAGAGAAUACUUAAACGACAACAAAAGCAAAUUGAAGAGGAUCAACAAAUACUGGCCAACUUAGAAUCAGCAAUUCCUGAAUCAAACAUUGGGUUAAAAUGUUGAAACAAAUGGGAUACAUUCCUGGGUCCAGUUUAGGGAAGGAUGGUUCAGUAAGGGUUGAACUGGUGGGAUUGGAAAUUCGAAGAGGUCGUGCUGGGCUUGGGAAGGAAGACUCGAGAUUAGAGAAGGCAAGGAUAGAAAAAGAGAAAUCUGAAAUUGGGCAAAAGAAGGAGGAAGAACUUAUGGUAGACUUUGAGCAUCGCCAAAAAGAGAGGUGGAAAGGGCGGAGGGUUGUUGUCAACUUUCACAAGGCUGAGGCUGUAUUAGCCCAAUUGGAGAAUAGGGAGGUCGUUGAAGAGGCUAAGGAAAAAGAAGAAGGAGAAGAGGAAGAGAAAGAAGAAGAAAUCAUCACGGGAGAGGAUUUGCUAACAAUGUUGAUGAAAUUGAGAGAUGAAUAUUAUUACUUCCUGUUCUGUGGAUGUCAGUAUGAUUCUUUGGAGGCACUUACGGGUGACUGCCCUGGCGUAUCGGAAGAAGACCACUAGACAAUUCGACUUAUUGGAGGGAUUGAUGCGUUUCAGGG